AUGGCCCCAUCAACGCCCCUCCAAAAAGCCAACAACCUCAUCGCCUGCCUUGAAAAGCACGGCCAAGGGGAUUAUAUAGGCGAAUCCAUCAGCCAGCUCGAGCACUCUCUCCAAGCCGCCCACCAAGCAAAGAAAGCAGGAGCAACCGACGAACUCAUCCUCGCCGCACUCCUCCACGACAUCGGCCAAAUCGUCCCCCUCGAUUCCACGCGUGAGAUCCAACUCCGCAUGCAGACGGCAAACAACAACCAGUCCGUCGGCCGCAUCGGCCACGAGACCCUUGGCGCCGAGUACCUCCGCGCGUUGGGUUUCAGCGACACAGUCUGCAGAUUAGUCCGGAGCCAUGUCCCCGCGAAACGAUAUCUCACGGCUGUGGAUGGCGCGUACUACGAUUCGCUGUCGGCUGCGUCGAAGAAGUCGCUGGAGUUCCAGGGGGGUCCGUUUAGCGGGGCGGAGCUGGCAGCGUUUGAGGCGGAUCCGCUGCGCGAGGAGAUGGUCAAGUUGAGGCUUUGGGAUGAUGAGGCUAAGGUUCCGGGGAUUGAGGGUUUGACGCCGCGCGCGGGGGAGUAUCUGGGGAUGAUUGUGGGGCAUUUGGAGAGGGUGGCAGGAGGUGACUAG